GGUGGCGAUAAUGCGCAUGCUCAGUGCUGCCCGCCAUCAGAGAACAAACCAAAGAAGAAGCAGGAAAUAGCCGUAGCCGAAUCACGGACACAUUGCUUGAAGAGGUGAAGGACCUUCAUUCUGUGUUUGGAUAAACCUCUCUGAAGAUAUGAGAUGUGUUUAUGUUUAUUCAUUAUAUUUAAUGUUUGGAAUAUAACCUGGAGCCCGACGCUGCUAACAGAGCUAGCAUAGCUUGAUUGCAGGAAAUAGACGGAGCCAAACAUAAAACAACAGAGUAAAUCUCGUGAUGCCUGAACUGUGAACAGUUUUAAAGAUGUCUAAGAUCCAGAUUAUGAGACUUUUAGUGAACCAGAGACUGACUGCAGCUGCUGAGGAGAUCUUUGAGCUGUUUGAAAGAACCAUAGCAGAGUACGAGGAGCAACUUAGAGGAUCUAAAGAGGAGCAACUCAAACUACUGGACUCUGUUUACAACCCGGAAGUCCAGUUACACAGAGCAGACUUCCACCAGCUGUCAGUGAAUAAAGAAGAGGUUCCCCCUGAGCAGCAGGAGAGGAGACCCAGUCUGGACCUGGAGGACCCACCAGAACCAGCACACAUUAAAGAGGAACAGGAGGAACUGUGGAGCAGUCAGGAGGGAGACCAGCUUCAAGGACUGGAGGAGGCGGAUUUCAGCGCGUUGAUGUUCACUCAUGUCCCUGUGAAGAGUGAUGAAGAUGGAGAGAAACCUCAGUCCUCACAGCUCCAUGAAAACCAAACCUCUAAGCGCUUGCUGUCCUCUGAAUCGGACACUGAUGACAGUAGUUUUGAUUGUGAUAUCAUGAAAUCACAUAAAGAGUCUGAAAGGGGUGUGAAGUAUAGAACAAGAGAAACAUUUAGCUCCCCUGAUCAUGCCACAAGCUCUGCCGCAGAGGGUCUGAAACACAACGGAAGCGAAAGCAGUCAGAAACCAUUCAGUUGUUUGAUUUGUAAGAAGACUUUCCCGUUUAGAGGAGACGUACAGCGACACAUGAUCACGCACACAGGAGAGAGACCUUUCAAGUGCUCCAUCUGUGGCUCCAGGUUCACUCGAAGUCAAACCCUGAACACACACUUAAGACUCCACACCGGAGAGAAACCUUUCAGUUGUUCAGUUUGCGGCACAAGUUUCAGCCGCAGACACAGUUUGGAUAUACACAUGAGGACUCACACGGGAGAGAAACCGUUCAGUUGUUCAGUUUGUGGUAAAAAGUUUCCAACGCGCCGGAAUCUGAAACGACACUCGGUCAUCCACACCGGAGAGAAACGGUACGGUUGUUCACUGUGUGGUCAAACAUUCGCACUACCUGGGACUCUGAAGCGACACCUGACGGUCCACACGGGGGAGAAACCUUUUAGAUGUUUGGUUUGUGGUAAAGAAUUUACACGACAGUUUUGUCUGACGAGACAUUUCGCCGUCCACAAGAAGGAGGCUGCGUAGUUUCAUUGUGACGGUUCAGUAGGACGGAACGGAUACGGAGGCCGUAAUCAAUCUGCUUAUUGGUCCAAUUGUUGUGAACAGGUUACCCGGGAAUUCCACCAGAUCCGUGUCCAGUAUGUCUCUGAUCCACUGCGUUGCGGCUCCCUGCUCUCUCUCAUCCGUCAACUCCCACCGGCUGCAUUUCAGGACCU